ACGCGACGCAGAGAAUCUUCUUCGUCCUCUGCCCCAUCUCUCUCUCUGAUCUCUCUCUCGUCUUCAGAUCGAAAUCGACGGGCGAUGGCGAGCCUGUGGCGAGCGGCUAUGGGCGGGGCCCAAUCAGCCGACGACUACGAGGGCGUGGAGUUCUGGUCGGGCCCGGAGCGAGCUGGAUGGCUCACCAAGCAAGGCCAGUACAUCAAGACAUGGCGUCGCCGCUGGUUCGUGCUCAAGCAAGGCAAGCUCUUCUGGUUCAAGGAAUCCACCGUCACGCGCGCCUCUCGGCCACGCGGCGUCAUCCCAGUGGCCACCUGCCUCACCGUCAAGGGCGCGGAGGACGUCCUCAACAAGCAGUUCGCCUUCGAGCUCUCCACUCGGUCCGAGACCAUGUACUUCAUCGCCGAUUCCGACAAGGAGAAGGAGGACUGGAUCAACUCCAUCGGACGCUCUAUUGUCCAGCACUCCAGAUCCGUCACCGACAACGAGAUCGUCGAUUACGAUAGCAAGCAAUAGGUGGUGCUCAAAUUCGCGUCGGUAAGCGUUUGUGCAAAUUCGGAUACCCUCGAUCUUCUCAACUUUCAUGUUAUGUGCGUAAUAUGUGUAAAUGAAUUUGAAACCAUUUCCUGUUUUAUCUUUUUCUUUUUAAGUGUAUUUUAUUUUUGUUUUGACUAUUAGAUCUUUAAAGUUGACAGGUAUUGGGGUCUUUUCCCAGGUUUUCUGUUGUUGUGUUGAAGAUGUUUUUGUGGAACUUGUAAUUUUUGUGUUCUGUUAGCAAGUAUGUAAAGUAAUUACGAUGA